AUGUCCCGUCUCCUACAAGUUAAUUUACAUGUUUUUCGUAAGUUUUCACUCAGAUUUUCUUGAUUUUAACUUGAUUUUUAGGUUCAAAACGAUUUCAAAGUGUUUUGGCACGUUAUAAUGAGCUUGUGAAGGCUGGGACGUUGUCUGAAGACAAAUAUCAGUUAACUGUGGUUAAGGAGUUGGACAGAUUAUGUGACGAUCUCAAAGGAUACGAACCACAGUCGGUGGAAACCAUUGAAAAUGCUGGAUUUUUGUCAAAAUUCAGCUUGUUCAAGGAGAAAACGCCAGAAGUCGUGAAAACGGUACCAAAAGGACUUUAUAUUUAUGGUGCAGUUGGUGAGUAGAUUGAUUUUUGUGUUUUAACUUUUAGUUUUAACAGCUCAAGCGAAGGUUUACAAAAAUGGGAUGGUGUAGAUUCCUAUGAUAACAUUGUAGUUGAUGUAAAAUACGUGUCCUUCAACUAGUUCAUUAUGUAAACUUUUAGGCGGUGGCAAGACAAUGUUAAUGGACAUGUUUUUUGAUAGAGCACCGUUAGAAAAGAAGUCAAGAGUUCAUUUUCACGAAUUUAUGCGGGAUUUCCAUCAUCGUAAGUUAUUUUAGUUUCUAAAUUGUUAAUUUGAUAUCAAACUAAAAAUUUUUUUUUUUUAUAAAUUGAAAAAUACAUUAUAUUAUUUGAUUUUUUAAGAGUUUUUCUGACGUUAAAGCUCGAUUUGACGUAGAAAUUAAGGAUAACAUAUUGUUGUAGCCAAAAAUCAGGGAAGGACAACAUUUUUGGUUGUAACUUUUUUAUAGAAUUAAGAUAAAGCUUUGAAGUUUUGAGGAUAUAUAGCUUGUUUUAUAUGGAAACUACCCUAUAAAAAUCGUUUUUGAGGUAUUUUUUGGUUUGGAGAUAUAAUGCUUUAAAUAAAAUUCCUUAAGUGUUAGACAGGGCUUGAUUUUUAAUUGACUUGCUAGCUUUGUCAAGUGUGUAAAAGUAAAUUAACUGUUUUAUUAGGUGUCAAAAAUGAUUUUCGUUGAGAAAAGUAAAAUGUCAGUUUUUAUUUUGGUCUAUCUUUUAUGUUAUAGUAGAUAAUAUUACUAUAUAUAUGCCUGCCUAUUUCUUUCUAACUUAAUAUAACUGUUUUCUCAGCUUUCAGAACUGCAUGAACUAAAGAUGCGUGGUCCAGAACGUCAACGAGGCGAACGUCCAUCACACGAUCAUGUGCCAGAAAUCGCCCGGUCGAUAGCCGAGCGAUCAUAUCUACUUUGCUUUGACGAAUUUCAAGUGACAGAUAUAGCUGAUGCAAUGAUUCUAAAACGCUUAUUCAGCCAGCUAUUCAACUUAGGCUUGAUCGCCGUGUGCACAUCGAAUCGAAAACCGGAUGAUUUAUAUAAAAACGGGCUGCAACGGCACCAGUUUGUACCAUUUAUCGAUAUGUUGAAGGAGAAGUGUUCUGAAGUAACAUUGGAGUCUGGAAAAGACUACAGAAUCGGGGGAAAGAAGUCAAGCCAAUCUUAUUUUAUUUGUGGGCAAGAAGAUGAACAUCUGGAGAACAUGUUCAAGAGGUUGAUAUCGCAGGAAACAGAUACGGUUAGGCCGAGGACGUUGAAUAUAUUGGGCCGAGAGCUUCAUUUGUCUAAAUGUUGUGGUAGAGUGGCGUUUUUGGAGUUUAAAGAGGUAGCUUUUGUAUUUUUUUAUGGUCAAUUAAUUGUGUGCCCUCUUCGAAGAAAUUUUUGGAGUCAGGGGCACAAAAUUAUUUGAACAACAUGAUAUAUAACUGAUGAAGGGUUUAUAUGACCUCUACAAUAUAAAUUCUUUCAGUUAUGCGAAAAACCAUUAGGAGCAACAGAUUACCUUGCUAUUGCCAGAGUCUUUCAUACAGUACUAAUCAAGAAUGUGCCAAUAUUUACCAGGGACAAACUCAGCGAAUCCAGGCGCUUCAUCACAAUGAUUGAUACCUUUUACGAUAUGAGGGUAGGUAAUAUCAUUUUAAUCAAUUUUAUCGUUUAAAGCAAUAUCCAUCUUAUUUCUAACGCUUUUCCAGACCAGAGUAGCCCUAUCUGCCGCCACAAGCCUCGACCAACUCUUCCAAAUGAACGGUGAUGAUCCAGUAGAGCUAAGCGACUCCCAACGAAUCCUAAUGGACGAUCUGAAAGUGGCAGAAGGCAAGGACGGGAGCUCGGCCAACGUUUUCAGCGGCCAAGAAGAGAUCUUCGCCUUCAAACGAACCGUCUCUCGGCUUCAGGAAAUGCAAACUGAUUCGUAUUGGUCACGGUGA